AUGGAGUAUAAGCACCAGUCCCCGGCCGCCGUCAAGGUGAAGCCGCGACUCAUCAUCCACGGCGGCGCCGGCAACAUCAAGCCGUCCAACCUCGCACCGCCAGAGUACGAGGCCUACCGCCGCGCCCUGCUGACCAUUAUCAGCAAGACGAGCGCCUACCAGACGACCCCGCUCCCGUCGUCGUCGACCGGCAAGCUCCCCUCGGCCCUGGACGCCGCGGCGCACGCCGUGUCGCUGCUGGAGGACAACCCGCUCUUCAACAGCGGUCACGGCGCCGUCUUCACGCGCGACGGCAUCAACGAGCUCGAGGCCUCCGUCAUGGUCUCGCGCGGGCUCAAGAAGCGCGGCGUCGGCGUCACGGGCCUGCGCCGCGUCCGGAACCCGAUCCUGCUGGCCAAGGCCCUUCUCGAGCACGGCGAGGAGGACCUCGGCGGCGACCCGGAGAGCAGCCGGCCCUCGUUCUCCUCGUCGUCGUCGCCGGUGCCCGCUCAGGGGCUCGACGUGCCGAGCGCGCAGGGCCACACGCUGCUCCACGGCGAGACGGCCGAGACGCUGGCGCGGCGGUACGGGCUCGAGAUCGUCGACCCGGCGUACUUCUUCACGCAGCGGCGGUGGGACGAGCACGUGCGCGCGCUCGAGAGGGAGAGGACCGGCGAGGCGGCGACCUGCACGUGGAGCGCCGAGGAGUUCCUGCCGCAGGGCACCGUGGGCGCCGUGGCGCUGGACGAGGACGGGGUCGUGUGCGCGGCGACGAGCACGGGCGGGCUGACGAACAAGCUGACGGGGCGGAUCGGGGACACCCCCGUCGUCGGGGCCGGGUUCUGGGCCGAGGAGUGGGCCGAGGAGGGGGAUCCGACGGCGGCGGCGAGGGGGCCGUUUGGCGUUGCGGGCCCGGCGGUGACGAUCUCGGAGAGUCUGAGGGGCCUGAUGGCGGACUGCCUCCCCUCGUUGGCGAUGUACAGCCCGUUGCCGACGGGGCUCGGACGAGGAGGCGCAGUGACGACGACGCGCGCGAUCGCGGCCUCGGGGACGGGCAACGGGGACUCGUUCAUGCGCGUGGCGGCGGGGCGGACCGUCGGCGCGGUUGCGCGGUGGAAGCCGCUCUCGGGCGCCGACGCCGUGUCCUUCGUGGCCGGGCCGGGCGGCGAGCUGCAGCGGAGCGCGGGGAACCGGUGGCGCGUCACGGGGGAGGGGGAGGGCGGCAUCAUCGGCAUCGAGGUCGUGGUGUCGCGCGACGCGGAGAGCGGCGGCGUCGUGGGCGCGCGGUCGGCGAUCCUGCAGGACUUCAACUGCAACGGCAUGUACCGGGCGUGGAUCGACGACGACGGCAAGGCGUACGCCAAGAUCUACCGCGGGGACGUGGAGGGCGUCGACGUCGGGGAGUUUUGCGAGAAGUGGUAA